AGUAAUCCGGUAAUUCGGUGAAUUGUUGGCCUUUUUUCGGCAUUCAUGCGUUCACACGUAUUAUUAUUAAAGUGGCUCAUUAACUCAGUUUUAAUAUUAUAUAUUAUGGAGAACAAAAAGCAACCAAGACGUAGCCGUACCAUACGAACGAAAGUUGUAUUCAGGAUAAUCGGAUGAUAAUUGCCGGCGGUACUCGAGCCGUCAUCACGAUUACGAGGUUUGCUCAAGUUUCGUUCAAGAAUGGGAUCAAAUAACACACGCUAGCUGUACUGGUACUGGUACUGGUACUAUAUACUUGGUAACUAGUAUAAGUAAACAGCGGUUUGUGUGUAUCGGUUUAAAGCGUCUGGUGUGUUGGCAAAUCUACUUGUGGUUCGACAUUUGAGAGAGGGCGACAACCAAACACAGAGAUUGGCUUACCGAUUUGACCAUGGUACUCUUGGGGAAAUUGUUUAUACUCUUUGAUCAAGACAGAGACGAGCUUCUCAAACAAGAAGACUGGAUUGAGUUCCUCAAAGCCCGACUGACAAGUGACAAACAAGCGGACUUCAUUGAUCAAAUUGAAAGUGUCGCUUAUGUAUUGUGCGGUGAUGGGCCCAUUGAUUUGAUCGCCUUCAACAAAAUAUUCCACGCUAAAGGGAUAAUUGACAAGUUAUUCCGUAUUAUUAAGCAAGAUAACACGGGAUAUAUUUUACCUGGACAGAUUAUGGAUUUUCUCUGCGAAAUAAGUAACCCGAGAUCACCGGCGGGCUUCGAUAAAAGCAAUCUAGAAUGGCUGGAGAAGAUCUUCAAACAGACAGUUGGAAACGAACGAGAAAUACGUCGUGAGGAAUUCAAGAAAAUCGUUAUAUCGAAGAACCCUUUCUUCACCGAGAGAGUAUUCCAGAUAUUCGACAAGGACAACUCGGGUACAAUAUCUCUUCAGGAGUUUCUUGACGCUAUGCAUCAAUUUGCUGGUAAAACUCCGGACGACAAGAUUCGAUUUCUCUUCAAGGUCUACGAUAUCGACGGGGACGGAUUAAUUCAGCACCGUGAAUUGGAGCACGUUAUGCGAGCUUGUAUGGAAGAGAAUGGAAUGAAAUUUAGUGAUGAGCAGAUUGAAGAUUUAACGCUUGCCCUGUUUGAAGACGCCGAUCAAGGAAAUAGAGGUGCAAUCACGUUCGAGGCCUUGAAGAAGCAGCUCGAAAAACAAGAGGGUCUUCUUGAAAAUCUAUCCAUCAGCAUCGAUCGUUGGAUGGUACCACCGAAGCCCAAAGAAUCCAGACCAUCAAUUUUAAGUCUGCUGUAUUCAUUAAAACCUUAUCAGCUGACGAAACCUUACUUAAAAAAUAACCAUGUCUUCAUAGUAUUCCUCUCGGCGUUUGUUAUUAUCAAUUUUAUCCUUUUUGUGACGAGGUUGUAUCAAUACCGAAAUACAAAUUCUUACACAAUGUUGGCUCGAGCAUGUGGGCAAUGUUUAAAUUUUGAUUGCACGUUUAUAUUAAUACUGAUAUUACGACAGUGCAUAACAUUCCUGCGUACACAUGGAUUUAAUUCGAUUUUACCGUUGGAUCAUCACAUUUACCUGCACAAAAUGGUUGGCGUUACGAUUGGAGUGAUGGCUGUCGUGCAUACCGCAGCGCAUCUCCUAAAUUUUGGUAUGGUUGUGAUCAACGAUGAAGUAUUAAAUAGCUCGCACUACACGAUGUCAGAGUGGCUUUUGACGAGCAAACCAGGACUCUUUGGUCUAGUGGGUGGUGGAGCUAAUCCAACUGGUGUUGCCUUGAUCGUUAUUCUCUUUAUUAUGACUACCUGCUCGAUGCCCUUUGUUCGACGUGGCGGAAGCUUUGAGAUAUUCUACCGGACUCAUUUGCUGUACGUCCCCUUCUGGGUACUAAUGAUAUUCCACGGGCCUAACUUUUGGAAAUGGUUCGUACUACCAGGAGCAAUUUACAUGGUAGAACGAGUGCGUCGUUUGAUGUGGUUGCGAUCUGAACGCGGCAAAACGUACAUAAGUUCGGGUCUUCUGUUGCCAUCGCGUGUAACGCACCUGGUGAUCAAACGACCUCUCCAUUUAGAUUUUCGUCCAGGCGACUACGUCUUUGUGAAUAUACCAGUGAUCGCUGGAUACGAGUGGCAUCCCUUUACUAUCAGCAGCGCACCAGAGCAAGAGGAGUACAUGUGGCUGCACAUAAGAGCCGUAGGCGAAUGGACUAAUAGUUUGUACGCAUACUUUGAAAAGGAGCAGCAUAAACUAGAGCGCGGAGAUGCGAUAGCCAUCGAGGGAUUUGGUUCAUCCUCAACUAGACUUCCACAAUCGACAUCGACAACAAUAGAAGAAGAAGAAGACAAAGUUAAAGUUAUAAACGAAUCCCAGGGUGAUCCUAGGAGCUUCGACAAUCCUCUUUUUGUUGGUGACAGUGAUGCGUUGGUGUCCAGCUCAAAUAUUACUGGUAUGAUCAACAUCACCGCCAACACAGCUACUGUCAACCCAGAUGUAGAUUUGAAUGGACACAAGGAUGCAGUAGUUUCGCCGCAAGACAGAAAGCUGAGACAGCUAUUUCUUACAAGUAAAAUGCCUCUUGAAAAGUCGUUUUCCAUGCCAGAUAUGCAGACUAAGCGGAAAAAACGUGAGCGACUGAUAGCACUACGUGACUACAUGAGAUCGGAAUCAGAGAGAAACUUUGAUGAAAUAAAAAUACGUCGUGCACGGUUGAAAUCACUGGGUCUGGCUUACCUCAGCCCGCAAAAUAAAUCAUUGGCGCAAAGUUUCAGAUAUAUGAGAACAAAACCCACAAUCAUUGCAUUUAAAACGCCUAGUAUGGAAAAUUGUGAACAUGAUAAUCUAUCUGACUCAGGCUCUGCAGAUAAAGAUAAACGGAAAGCGAGCAUUACAAUGACAUUAGCGAGUAGUGCAGCUGCUGAAGAGGGUCGGAUGCAGAGUAAAAUUGUGGAAUUUUCACAAAAAAAUAAUGGCAUAGAUACCAAGAAUUUAAGUGAACAUCAUGCGAUAAAUUAUCUCGUUGGUAAACCGCUCGAAAUUUUUCUAGAUGGUCCUUAUGGAGCGCCAUCGAGUCAUAUCUUUCAAGCGCAACAUGCCGUGUUAAUCGCCACGGGAAUUGGAGUUACGCCUUUCGCGUCAAUCUUGCAGUCGAUAAUGCAUAGAUAUUGGAAAGUGCGACACACCUGUCCGCAGUGUAAAUUUUCUUGGGCAAGUGAGAUCCCUGUCACCGUGAUGAAGCUGAGAAAAGUUGAUUUCUUCUGGAUAAAUCGCGAUCAACGUUCGUUCGAAUGGUUUGUCAAUUUACUGUCUCAGUUGGAAAUAGAACAAGCUGAACUCGGUUCUUCUCUUGAACGAUUUCUUGAAAUGCAUAUGUAUAUUACCAGCGCGCUGCAAAAAAAUGAUAUGAAAGCCGUCGGACUUCAGCUCGCAAUGGAUUUGCUUCAUGAAAAGGAAAAGAGAGAUUUAAUAACAGGACUAAAGACACGUACAAACGCCGGAAGGCCGAAUUGGGACAAAGUCUUCAAACAGCUUCAAGACCAGAAAAAAGGAAAGGUUACCGUAUUUUACUGUGGUCCGCCGGAGUUGGGACGAAUUUUGCGCUUCAAAUGUGACAUGUUCGAUUUCAAUUUUCGGAAGGAGACUUUUUAGUUUUAUAAAAGUUCCCAUACUAUCUCGAUUCAUCAAUGUGUCUAAAUGGUGAUUAAUUGUCAUUCUGUUGGCUGGAAAGUAAAUUUAAAAAUCUUUAUAAAUAUAUGUGUAUAAAAAAAUAAAAAGAAGAAAAACAAUUUAACGGCGUAUGCUAACGGUCAAUCAAUGAAGAGAGAUGCCUUGCAUUGAUAAUCCGUCGAUUAAUAAUCGCUGGUGUACACGACAGUAAACGUGAGGGUCGCGGAGACCAUCAGACCAGACUAGAGCCAACAGCCAGUGCUAUACCGUGUAGAGAUAGGUGAGCAGUGUGUGGGUGAUUUUUGGGGUGGAAGUCGCUAACCGCUAUACCAGCACUACCAGUAGGACACCACCAGCACUACCACUAGCACUGCUAUUAAUCGAUUGGGCAAAUGGAGCAAGAGCAAACAACAAGACAUUCCCAUGUGACACAUCAUAUGUAUUAACGCGUCAAAGGAUAUCCUCAGGACAUAUCUGUGUAUAGAGAUGUAUACGCCGAUUUGUGCUUGAGAGUUAAAUUAUAUGAGACAAAUAAAUCAUUCGUUGUGCAAGGUAAAAGUUGUCAAACAUCAUCAAACAAAUCUUCAUCAUUCUGUCUCUCACUCCCUCGAGAUUUAAUCACCGUUUGAUUUAUUUUUUAUUCAACAUUUUUUGUUUUAUUAUUUGUUAUAAAUUUAUCUCCACUCUUUCAUUCUCCGCUCGACUGUUCUCUC